CAGCUAGCCUUUCGCCUGAGAUUUUGCUGCAUUGGUCUCCAGGACCGUGAAUUUCGGGCCGGUGUUUUUGUAGCCAAGGUUAUUGAUCAUUGCACAAGGUUCUUGGCUAGUUUGGUUUGUAAGAUUUGAAUAGUGCCUGGUUUUUAGGAGGGUUUUCUGAAAAUCCGCAGGGAAGGGUACCGAAGGUUCUUAGAGUAAUGAGCUUGCAACCAACAUAUUUUAGCUCUAUCAAAAAAAAAAAAAAAAAUCGGUUAAUGCUCAUGGACGGGGAUGUAUUGCAGGAGGGAACUUGAAUGCAUCACUUUGCUCUCAUAAGAAUUGUAAUUUUUUCCUCGCAUACUUGGCUGUGUUUAGACCUCUUAUACAUAAUGAAUAGAAACAGAGAAGCAGUGUUUGGUCAGCGAUGGGACAGAUAGAACUGUCUGGUACAGUUAAAUUCGGGGCGUGUCAGUUACCAUUGGAAGUAACACGGGUACUACAAGAUCAUGUAUAUUUCAAGAUGUAAUUUAUUAGUUGAGGUCGCAGUUUCUUUCUUUCCUUUUUAUUAUUGAGUUUGACCGAAAAAUAAAAAUACAGCCCUAUAACUUUUAAAGAACAAUAGUUAUUUAAUAUGUUGAAAAUACAAAAUGAUCAGUAUACAUUUUUGGUCAAAUUUUAUUUUCCUUGAUGCAGAAAAGCAAAUUUUUGACAGAAGGUGCUUUUCUAGACUUGGGCUUGGAUUCUUUUAUUUUAAAAGGUAAAGACUGCUUCCCUUUUUGAAUGCAAUGUAUUUUUAUGGAAGUUAUCUUCAUUUCCGAUGCCUGUGAAACAGGGGAAAUGGUAACAUGAAAAUGGGGGCAACUAAUGUCCAAAAUAAGUGUUUCUGGAUGUAGAAAAGCAUACUAUAUGUGCUUUUAUUUGACACAGUUUGCUUUAGAGGUUGGAUUUACUAAAAGCCUCCCCACAGUUGGCUAUAUUGUAUCAGAUUCAGGAAAAUAAUAAGUUGAUUGUUCAACUAUCUUCCAACACCCUUGUGGAGGGAUCAAGGGCAUUGAAAAGUAUAAGAUGAGAGACUUUUAUUUAGUUAAGGACCAAAUGGAAAGGGAAAAAAGAAAAAGAAAAGCCUUUAUGAUGGGAAAGAUUGUGUCUUUUGGCUGCUACAUUGUUUUUCAGGAGGAAUGCCAGCUCCUGAGCAGGCCUCAUUGGUGGAGGAGGGGCAACCACAGACCCGCCAGGAAGCUGCCUCCACUGGCCCAGGCAUGGAACCUGAGACCACAGCCACCACCAUUCUAGCUUCCGUGAAGGAGCAGGAGCUUCAGUUUCAGCGACUCACCCGAGAACUGGAGGUGGAAAGGCAGAUUGUUGCCAGUCAGCUAGAAAGAUGUAGGCUUGGAGCAGAAUCACCAAGCAUCGCCAGCACCAGCUCAACUGAGAAGUCAUUUCCUUGGAGAUCAACAGAUGUGCCAAACACUGGUGUAAACAAACCUAGGGUUUCUGACACUGUCCAUCCCAACAACUAUCUCAUCAGGACAGAGCCAGAACAAGGGACCCUCUAUUCACCAGAACAGACAUCUCUCCAUGAAAGUGAGGGAUCAUUGGGUAACUCAAGAAGUUCAACACAAAUGAAUUCUUAUUCCGACAGUGGAUACCAGGAAGCAGGGAGUUUCCACAACAGUCAGAAUUUGAGUAAGACAGAUAAUAGACCACAACAUUCAUUCAUAGGAUCAACUAAUAACCACCUGGUGAGGAAUUCAAGAGCUGAAGGACAAACACUGGUUCAGCCAUCAGUAGCCAAUCGGGCCAUGAGAAGAGUUAGUUCAGUUCCAUCUAGAGCACAGUCUCCUUCUUAUGUUAUCAGCACAGGCGUGUCUCCUUCAAGGGGGUCACUGAGAACUUCUCUGGGUGGUGGCUUUGGCUCUCCAUCAGUGACCGACUCCCGACCACUGAACCCCAGUGCGUACUCCUCCACCACGCUACCUGCUCAGCGGGCAGCCUCUCCGUACUCUGCACAGAGACCCGCCUCCCCAUCAGCUGUACGUCGGAUUGGGUCAGUCACCUCCCGGCAGACCUCCAACCCCAACGGACCAACCCCUCAGUACCAAACCACCACCAGAGUGGGGUCCCCGCUGACCCUUACGGAUGCACAGACUCGAGUAGCUUCCCCAUCCCAAGGCCAGGUGGGGUCAUCAUCCCCCAAACGCUCAGGGAUGACCGCCGUACCACAGCAUCUGGGACCUUCCCUGCAGAGGACUGUUCAUGACAUGGAACAAUUCGGACAGCAGCAGUAUGACAUUUACGAGAGGAUGGUUCCACCUCGGCCAGACAGCCUGACAGGCUUACGGAGCUCCUAUGCUAGUCAGCACAGCCAGCUUGGACAAGACCUGCGUUCAGCUGUGUCUCCUGACUUGCACAUCACUCCUAUAUAUGAGGGGAGGACCUACUACAGCCCAGUGUACCGCAGCCCAAACCACGGAACCGUGGAGCUCCAGGGAUCACAGACGGCGCUGUACCGCACGGGAUCAGUAGGUGUUGGAAAUCUGCAAAGGACAUCCAGCCAACGAAGUACCCUUACAUACCAAAGAAAUAAUUACGCUCUGAACACAACAGCUACCUAUGCGGAGCCCUAUAGGCCGAUACAGUACCGAGUGCAAGAGUGCAAUUAUAACAGGCUUCAGCAUGCAACGCCGGCAGAUGAUGGCACCACGAGAUCCCCAUCAAUAGACAGCAUUCAGAAAGACCCCAGGGAGUUUGCGUGGCGGGAUCCCGAGUUGCCUGAAGUCAUUCACAUGCUGCAGCACCAGUUCCCUUCAGUUCAGGCGAACGCCGCCGCCUACCUGCAGCACCUAUGCUUUGGGGACAACAAAGUGAAGAUGGAGGUGUGUAGGUUAGGGGGAAUCAAGCAUCUGGUCGACCUUUUGGAUCACAGAGUUUUGGAAGUUCAGAAGAAUGCUUGUGGUGCCCUUCGAAACCUUGUCUUUGGCAAGUCUACAGAUGAAAAUAAAAUAGCAAUGAAGAAUGUUGGUGGGAUACCUGCCUUGUUGCGACUGCUGAGAAAAUCUCUUGAUGCAGAAGUCAGGGAGCUGGUCACAGGAGUUCUCUGGAAUUUAUCUUCAUGUGAUGCCGUAAAGAUGACAAUCAUCCGAGAUGCUCUCUCAACCUUAACAAACACUGUGAUCGUUCCACAUUCUGGAUGGAAUAACUCUUCUUUUGAUGAUGAUCAUAAAAUUAAAUUUCAGACUUCACUCGUUCUGCGUAAUACCACAGGUUGCCUGAGGAAUCUCAGCUCCGCGGGGGAGGAAGCAAGAAAGCAAAUGAGAUCUUGCGAGGGGCUGGUGGACUCGCUGCUGUACGUGAUCCACACAUGUGUGAACACAUCUGAUUACGACAGCAAGACAGUGGAGAACUGCGUGUGCACCCUGAGGAACCUGUCCUAUCGGCUGGAGCUGGAGGUGCCGCAGGCCCGGCUGCUGGGGCUGAAUGAACUGGAUGACUUACUAGGAAAAGAGUCUCCCAGUAAAGACUCGGAGCCGAGCUGCUGGGGGAAGAAGAAGAAGAAGAAAAAGAGAACGCCGCAAGAGGAUCAAUGGGAUGGAGUCGGUCCUAUCCCAGGACUGUCGAAGUCCCCCAAAGGGGUUGAGAUGCUAUGGCAUCCGUCAGUGGUAAAACCAUACCUGACCCUUCUAGCAGAAAGUUCCAACCCAGCCACCCUGGAAGGCUCUGCAGGAUCUCUCCAGAACCUCUCUGCUGGAAACUGGAAGUUUGCAGCGUAUAUCCGAGCAGCUGUCCGCAAAGAAAAAGGGCUCCCCAUCCUUGUAGAACUUCUGCGGAUGGAUAACGAUAGAGUUGUUUCUUCUGUGGCGACCGCCUUGAGGAAUAUGGCCCUAGAUGUUCGCAACAAGGAACUCAUAGGUAAAUAUGCCAUGCGUGACCUGGUCAACCGGCUUCCCGGGGGCUCUGGCCCGAGUGUGCUGUCGGAUGAGACUGUGGCGGCCAUCUGCUGCGCCCUGCAUGAGGUCACCAGCAAGAACAUGGAGAACGCCAAGGCCCUGGCCGACUCAGGGGGCAUAGAAAAGCUGGUGAACAUAACCAAGGGCAGAGGAGACAGAUCGUCUCUGAAAGUGGUAAAGGCAGCAGCCCAGGUCUUGAAUACAUUAUGGCAAUAUCGGGACCUCCGGAGCAUUUAUAAAAAGGAUGGGUGGAAUCAGAACCAUUUUAUUACACCUGUGUCAACGUUAGAGCGAGACCGAUUCAAAUCACACCCUUCCUUGUCUACCACCAACCAACAGAUGUCACCCGUCAUUCAGUCAGUCGGCAGCACCUCUUCCUCACCAGCACUGUUAGGAAUCAGAGACCCUCGCUCUGAAUACGAUAGGACCCAGCCACCUAUGCAGUAUUACAGUAGCCAAGGGGAUGCCACUCAUAGAGGCCUGUACCCUGGCUCCAGCAAACCUUCACCAAUUUACAUCAGUUCCUAUUCCUCACCAGCAAGAGAACAAAAUAGACGGCUACAGCAUCAACAGCUGUAUUAUAGUCAAGAUGACUCCACCAGAAAGAACUUUGAUGCAUACAGAUUGUAUUUGCAGUCUCCUCAUAGCUAUGAAGAUCCUUAUUUUGAUGACCGAGUUCACUUUCCAGCCUCUACUGAUUAUUCAACACAGUAUGGACUGAAAUCGACUACAAAUUACAUAGACUUUUAUUCCACUAAACGACCUUCUUACAGAGCAGAACAGUACCCAGGGUCCCCGGACUCGUGGGUGUAGCAUCGACAUGCUCGGAGAGGAACUCUUUCUUUCUAACCUUGUUUGGGUUGAGAUGAGAAGUCCGUCUUGCUGAUUUGCUGAUGAAAUGUGAAAGUGACAUGGAAGGAACGUGUGAAGAGCAUAUUUUUUUUCUUUUUUGAGGAAUUAUCAGGGAAGUGAGGCAACCUUUGGGAGAGAGGACUUUCUAAGCUCUACUUAGGUGUUAGAUCUAAUCACUUGUAGAUUCUAUAGUCUGGUGAAGGUGUGGGCGAUGUGAUGAGAGGUUUGAGAAAUGGGUGAAAUGAGAUGGGGGACGUGUAGGUCAAAUCAAAUUAAAGAUGAUUUUUUUAAUGUGAAUAGAGUUAUGUUCUGAUAGUUUGUACAGAAAAAAAAAUAAUAAAAUGGAUGCCCUUCAUGUUUUAUUGCUAUUACUAAAUGUCAAGAUUGUAUGCUAUUAUGUCUUGUAAAUUUCUUUUGUUGGUGUAAAUAUGGAAAUGCCACAUUGGUUAAGUGCCAUCAUUUGUAAUGCAGUGUGUCAUUUGAAAGGAGAUUUGAAGAAACUGACAGCUUAAAAAAACAAAUGGGAAACCCAAGGAAUUGUGAGGAGUUAAAAACAAACUACAACACCCUAUGUUUUCAAAAUGAAUAGUGUACCCUUUGAAGCACAAAUCCAGUCUGGUAUAGCAGCGCCAUGCCCAUUCCCUGUCUCUUUCAUAGGACACUUCACUGCCAUUUUCUAUGCACACAAAAGAAAAAUAAAUGUGGAAAUUUCAUCCUUGGAAA